AACAUUUGCUUGUAACUUGAACAAACACUGAACAUACCAAUUUUAACGAUAAUAUGACGCCAAUCUGACUUACAUUUCAGAAGAAAGCGUUAAUGGAGACCAGAAAACUUUUCAAGAGUGACAUUUUAAGUCCAUUAAUAGAAUUUUUACGUCGAGGUCUGAAGACUUUCUGCACAAAAGCCGACCAGCGAUGCUGCUGUUGACCAGGCUGACAGACGUGCAUGGAUUUCCCGCAGCAAGCUUAUUAAAUAAGCAGAGAGGAUGGCAGAGACGUCGGGGGUGUUUUCCUACGAAAGUUCGGAGGUGGACUGGUGCGAGGGUAAUUACCAGCAUUCCGAAAACGUGGUGGAGUUCUUCAACACAGUGAGCAGCUUUAUUUUCUUUGUGGUCUCCCCCCUAAUGCUGUACCUCCUGCAUCCAUACGCCAGGGAGAGGAACCUGGCUGUUCACCUGGUCUGGUUCAUGAUGAUCUUUGUGGGUCUCUUCUCCAUGUACUUCCACAUGACGCUGAGCUUCAUCGGUCAGAUGCUGGACGAGCUCUCUAUCCUCUGGGUGCUGGCCAUCGGCUACUCCCUCUGGUUCCCCCGGAGACACUUCCCCUCCUUCAUUAAGGACAGGACCACUUUUGCCAGGAUCGUCCUUUUGAUGACUAUCGUCACGACCCUGUCGUCCUUCGUCAAGCCUACGGCUAACGCCUAUGCACUGAACUUCUUCGCCAUUCACAUCCUGUAUUAUGUAACCAUCGAGCUGCGCAGCUGCACUGACCAGCGUGUGCUGCGUUUGGCUCGCACCUCCAUCGGCCUGUGGGUCCUCGCCAUCUCCUGCUGGAUCAGCGAUCGUUUCGGCUGCAGCUUCUGGCAGCGGCUGAACUUCUGCUACUUGCACGGGAUCUGGCAUAUCCUGAUUGUGGUAGCCACGGCCUAUGGCAGCACCCUCAUCGCCUACUUGGAUGCCUACCGUGAGAUCCCUUACUCACUGCCAGACCUGCAGUACUGGCCAAGUAACAGUUGGGCCUUAGGUCUCCCUUACAUCACCCUAAAGGAGCCCACCAAGACACAGAAGAGCUGCUAAAGGACAGUGUUACAAAGUCACAAGUUUCUCACUGACAUAAUACCUUAUGCAACUUAAGGUCUUUCUACCCUCCAGCUCCUUCUCAACUGGGAAUAACACUUACGUGCAUUAAAUGUUGUUUACAAUACACGGAAUUUCAUGCACACAUGUGCAUGUGAGAGAGAAGGUGUUUGGGAGAUUCACAAUCUGAGCGUAAAUAACGUCCUGUAAUGAAUGCAGUUGAAAUGUAUAUAAUGUUUUGUAUUUUUUUUUAUUAAAAUAGCCUGAAAACUGUUAUGCUAUGAUUUUUAGCAUAUUAUUUUUUUAGUUUUUCAAAAAAAUGGAUCCCUAACUUGACAAACUCUUUUGGAACAAAAGGGCAGAUUCGCCAGUGUUAUUGAAGUUCACUUCUUAAUUCAUUCCUGAUGGCUCCAGUGAACUUCAUAUUAUUUUAGCCAUAAGCUGAUGUGUGUUGCUUCUGGAACCUUCCAGGCACACCAGUGGGCAUUUCAGAUCUGUUUUUUUCUGUCAUGCAGCAGAAAAUAAACUUCAAGUGGAUCCAAAUCCCAAAUAAACUAU